CUGCUUAAAAGGCUCAUGCUGAGGAUUACGUGGUCCCUAUCGACCUCCGAGCUUUCAGCUGCUGUGACUUUGUCGGAUUUAUCUUCUGCCAUACAAAAUGUCGAGUAUAAGACCGAGGAUAAGACCGAGCCUAAUCCCGAGUGCGAUAAGGCGCGGGGGUUCUCGUGCCCUUAAAUUCGCUGGAUACCCUCGGUUUGAAUCUCCAAGCUUGCAUCCUAAUCUUGUUACCACCGCAAAAUACCCAUUGAUUAGAUUUCUUUCAACCUCGCGACAUCCAUCACUGACCAUGAGCGACAACACCUACGUAGCGCCGCUUCAUCCUCGUCCCGGGGGAUCGCGCGAGGAUGGUCGUGAGUUCAAGUUGCUGCACUUCAUCUAUGAUCAGCCCAACCGAGACGAAAUCCAGGGCAACCCCCAGAAAGUCUUAGAUCUUAUCGACGAGUUUGCGCAGACAUAUCACUUCAUGAACAUCGGACCGGACAAGGGCAAGUUUAUCACAGAGAUUAUCGCCGAGCGCAAGCCCGAGGUCAUGAUUGAGCUCGGUGGUUAUGUCGGGUACUCUGCCAUUCUCUUCGGCGAUGCCGUGCGCCGGGCCGGUGGAAAGCGAUACUAUAGUCUCGAACUGAACCCGGAGUAUGCCGCCAUUGCGAACAUGCUACUGGAUCUUGCCGGUCUGCGCGACUUUGUGCGCAUUAUAGUCGGUCGCAGUGAUCUGUCCCUGCACAAGCUGUUCAACAGCGGGGAGGUCAAGCAGGUGGAUGUUUUGUUCAUUGACCACUACAAGCCUGCCUACACUACCGAUUUGAAGCUCUGUGAGCAGCUGGGGAAGAUUGUGCCAGAGGUGUCGGUCGUGAUCGCGGACAACGUGCUGUACCCCGGCAACCCGCCUUAUUUGGAAUAUGUUCGCAGUACGGUGGAGCAGAAGCGCGAGGCGGCUAAGAAGGGCCCCGAACGAACGUACAACAAAGAGGGUAUUCCGGACAGGACCGUGCAGUCCUUUCUCGGUGCAGAUGCGACCCCCCAAUUCGACAUAAUCGGCAACCCGAACCUCGUCUACGAGAGCAAACUCGUGAAACCGGAAACCAUCAGGGACGCUAUCGAGGUCACCCUAUGUGUGGGGGUACAAGAGUAGAAGGGGGCGGUUCUUUUCCGGGGAUCUGUGUUUACACAGUAGGUUGAGGAAAGAGGGCUAGUCGGAUGGGUCCCUAGCCUUACCAGUUUUGGUAAAAGGGUCUUCGGGACAAUUUCUCGAACUUUUCAUUAAUGAGGCCGGAGUCUGAAGUCACGGUCGGCCGCUGGCCCGUUUCUCGCAGCUAGUCCAUCUAAUACCGAAGAGAGGCUUUCUUGUGAAUAAUAGUGCAAGAAUAGUACAGUCCGGGGCAUACGAAGUUUGUCUGUCAG